AAUGCUCUCGGCCACUUCCCAACAAAACGCUACCAGACUAUCGUUGAAAGAGUAAAAGGCUGCCGUCGCCGAUCUCAAUCCCACGUUCCGAUGAACAACCGCGAUGCUUCCACAGAUGCAACCACCGCCACUGCUACUCCUGGACUGAUCAUCUCCAAAACAGAAACCCUCCAAUCAUUUCUUUCCACAUCAAUCAACAACCCUCACCUCUCCCCAGACCUCCGUCAAAUCGCAUCAUCCCUAUCUCUCCGACCCUCUUCCGUGCCCUACAAAUCUCUCCGAUCCAUUUGGCUCGCCUCCGAUCCAUCAACUCGACCUGCUCUAUCCGCCGUCGUAACUGGUUCGCACUUCAUCCUCAACAGUCCCCAACCUCGGGAAAAGAGCGAGGAACUGAAAGCGAGGCUCAGGAAAUACGAAGAGGCGGCAGAGAGGAAAGCAUAUAAAGAGCUAGUGAAGGAUAUUACUCCAAGAAGAGAUGAAAGUGAACCCUUUUCGUCAUACAAGGAUCAACUAGGAUUCGGUUUACAUGUGGCGCUUACGAUGUUUACAGGGUAUUUAGUUGGAUAUUAUACAUUUAGAGCAUUGUUUGGGCAUAGUCCUGUAAUGCAUGCUGCUGGAGGGAUACUUGGAUUUGUGGUGGGGAUGCUUGUAGAAACAGUUCUUUUUAUGAUAAGAACUACCAGCCAAGAUCGGACCAAAAGUGUCAAAAUGGCUAAAGAAUGA